AUGGCCGAACAGCUGCCCAUCAAAUUUCAGGAGCAUGCUCAGCUACAAGCAUUAGGUGUCAAUGCUGCGAGCAUUAGCUUUAGCACGCUUACGCUGGAAUCCGAGCGCUUCGUAUGCGUACGCGAGCAAGUAAACGGUGCCAACCAUGUUGUUAUUAUUGACUUGGCCAACAAUAACGAAAUGAUGCGACGACCGAUAACGGCGGACUCUGUGAUUAUGCAUCCAACUAGCAAAAUCAUGGCGUUGAAAGCCCAGCAACAGUUACAAGUAUUCAAUCUCGAAACAAGAAGUAAAAUCAAGUCGCAUUUAAUGCACGAGGACGUUACCUUUUGGAAAUGGCUCGAUUUAAAGACAAUUGGACUUGUCACACCCACCUCGGUGUAUCACUGGUCCAUUGAGGGAACGUCGGGUCCGGUCAAAGUCUUCGAUCGACAUGCCAAUUUAGCUGGCUGCCAGAUUAUCAAUUAUCGCGCUUCCGAGGAUGGAAAAUGGAUGGUUUUGGUCGGCAUUGCGGCUCAACAAGGACGCGUGGUCGGUUCUAUGCAGCUCUAUUCCAAAGAGCGUGGCGUUAGCCAGCCUAUCGAAGGUCAUGCUGCUGCUUUUGCUUCCAUCCAGAUGGAAGACGCUCCUCAUCCAACCAAAUUGUUUGCCUUUGCCGUUCGAUCAGCAACCGGUGCUGCCAAGCUCCAAAUCAUUGAAGUGGAUCAUUCAGAGGGCAACCCGCCAUUCCAAAAGAAGACUGUCGAGGUCUUUUUCCCCCCUGAAGCCAAUGCAGAUUUCCCGGUAUCGAUGCAAGUCGGUGCCAAGUACGGCGUAGUGUACCUUGUCACAAAAAUGGGCUUUAUCCACAUCUACGAUCUUGAGACGGGUACUUGCUUGUUCAUGAACCGCAUCAGCGGCGAUACCAUGUUUGUCACGGCCGAUCACGAAUCUACAUCUGGUAUCAUUGGUGUCAACAAGAAGGGACAGGUCCUGUCGGUUUCUCUCGAUGAAAAUACCAUCAUCCCUUACAUUGUCAAUACGCUGAACAACACGGAACUGGCUCUUAAGCUCGCAGGUCGUGGCGGCCUUCCAGGUGCAGAUGAUCUUUGCAUCAGCCGAUUUAACCAACUGUUUUCGUCGGGCGCUUAUGGCGAUGCCGCUAAAAUUGCCGCCAACUCACCAAGGGGUAUCUUGCGUACUGUCGACACCAUUGAACGAUUCCGCCAACUGUCAGCCAUGCCCAAUCAGCUCUCGCCAAUCCUCCAGUACUUUGGCAUGUUGUUGGAGAAGGGUGGUCUGAACCGCUAUGAAUCCUUGGAAAUGGCAAAGCCCAUUUUGCAACAAAACCGCAAACCGUUGCUUGAAAAAUGGCUCAAGGAAGACAAGCUGGAGUGCAGUGAAGAAUUGGGUGAUUAUGUUCGUCAGUAUGAUUCCAAGUUGGCUUUAUCCGUUUACUUGCGCGCCAAUGUCCCACACAAGGUAGUGGUCUGUUUCGCUGAAAACCGCCAAUACGACAAGAUUGUCGCAUAUGCAAAGACCGUCGGUUACACUCCCGACUACUCUUCGUUGCUCUUUAACAUUUGUCGCAGCGAUAAGGAUAGCGUUGUCGACUUCGCCCAGAAAUUGAUCAAUGAUGAAAAUGGACCAUUAAUUGAGGCUGAUAAGGUCGUGGAUGUGCUCAUGUCGCAAAAUUAUCUUCAAGAAGCCACUUCCUUCCUGGUGGACUACUUGGGAGAUAAUAACGAGAAGAAUGCUCAUCUGCAAACACGUGUCCUUCAAAUGAACUUGGAACGUGCGCCUCAAGUUGCAGAUGCCAUUUUGGGCGCCGGUAUGCUCACCCAUUAUGAUCGCGUCAUUGUCGGUACCAUGUGUGAAAAGGCCGGAUUAUAUCAACGUGCAUUGGAGCAUUUUACCGAUAUUAUGGAUAUCAAGCGUGUAAUUCCAUACACUCACACCAUGAAUACGGAGUGGCUUGUCAGCUACUUUGGCACACUUUCUGUGGAUCAAACUUUGGAAUGCUUGAGGGAAAUGUUGAACUUGAACUUGCGUCAAAACUUGCAGGUGGUAGUCCAGGUCGCAAUUAAGUACUCUGAGCAGUUGCAACCACACAACUUGAUCGAUCUCUUGGAAAGCUACAAGAGCAACGAAGGCUUGUAUUACUACUUGGGAUCUAUCGUUAAUGUCAGCCAGGAUCCCUUGGUACACUUCAAGUACAUCCAGGCUGCUUGCCGCACUGGCAACGUUCGUGAAGCUGAACGCAUUUGUCGCGAGAGCAAUUUCUAUGACGCUGAAAAAGUCAAGAACUUCCUCAAGGAAGCCCGCCUUUCCGACCAGCUGCCAUUAAUCAUUGUGUGCGACCGAUUCAACUUUGUCCACGAUCUGGUCCUCUAUUUGUAUCACAACAACCUUCAAAAGUAUAUUGAAGUUUACGUGCAAAAAGUCAACCCUUCGCGUACCCCUGAAGUCAUUGGUGGCCUGUUGGAUGUGGGCUGCGACGAAGACGUUAUCAAAGGCCUGUUAAUGUCUGUCAAGGGCGAUUUGGAUGUGGGCAAACUGUGCGAUGAAGUCGAACAACGCAAUCGCUUGAAGCUGUUGUUGCCUUGGCUCAACAUGCGCGUAACCGACGGUAGCACUGACCGCGCAGUUUACAAUGCCUUGGCCAAGAUUUUCAUUGACACAAACAACAACCCCGAGCCCUUCUUGAAGGAGAACGAAUCCUACGAACCGCGCACAAUUGGCAAAUACUGCGAAAAGCGUGAUCCUUACCUGGCCUUCAUUGCUUAUGAAAAGGGACAAUGCGAUUAUGAGCUGAUCCAUAUCACAAGUGAAAACGCCAUGUUCAAGCACCAAGCCCGAUACCUUGUUCGUCGUCGUGACUUGUCUCUUUGGCAAUAUGUCUUGAAGGAGACCAAUGAAAACCGCCGUGAAGUCAUUGAUCAGAUCGUUGCUACUGCUUUGCCUGAAUGCACUGAUCCUGAAGAUGUGUCGGUCACUGUCAAGGCGUUUAUGGCUGCAGACUUGCCCAACGAGCUCAUUGAAUUGCUGGAACGUAUUAUUUUGGAACAAAGUGCUUUCAGCGACUACAAGAUACUUCAGAACUUGCUCAUCUUUACUGCUGUCAAGGCCGACCAAGACAAAGUCAUGGAUUAUAUCUCUCGAUUGGACAACUUUGAGGCACCUGAGGUUGCUGAAGUCUGUAUUGGCGAAAACUUGUUCGAGGAAGCAUUUGCCAUCCUCAAGAAGUACAAGGCCAAUGGCGAUGCUAUUAUGGUUCUGAUCGACAAGAUUGGUGAUUUGGAUCGUGCAUUCGAGUUUGCUGAGCGUUGCGAUGAAGCGGAUGUCUGGAGCAAGCUUGCCAAGGCCCAGUUGGAUAACAUGCGUAUCAAGGACUCCAUUGAUUCGUACAUUCGUGCCAACGAUACGGCCAACUACAUGGAGGUCACGCGACAUGCUGAAAUGGAUGGCAAGUACGAUGACUUGGUGCGCUACUUGCAAUUGGCGCGCAAGAACUCUCGCGAGCCUUACAUCGAAACCGAGCUGCUCUUCGCCUAUGCCAAGACCGAUCGCUUGGCCGAUAUGGAAGACUUUAUUGCUUCGCCCAACAUUGCUCAAGUCCAGCAAGUCGGUGACCGGUGUUUCCAGGCUCACAUGCUUGAGGCUGCCAAGAUCUUGUAUACAAGUAUUUCCAACUAUGCCAGCCUGGCCACCACCUUGGUCCACUUGAACGACUACCAAGGAGCUGUGGAUUGCGCACGCAAGGCUAACAGUACCAAGGUAUGGAAGGAGGUCAACGCAGUUUGUAUCGAGCAACAAGAGUUCCGUCUGGCCAAGAUCUGCGGUCUCCAUAUCAUCGUCCACGCCGAAGAACUGGAACAAGUGGCUCGCACCUAUGAGCGCAACGGCUACUUUGACCAACUGAUUUCGCUGUUGGAAGACGGCCUCGGUCUCGAACGGGCACACAUGGGCAUGUUCACCGAACUAGCUGUCCUGUACUCCAAGUAUGCACCCGGAAAAAUGAUGGAGCACCUCAAGCUGUUCGUUUCGCGGAUAAAUAUUCCCAAGGUGAUUCGUGCCUGCAACGACACCCACUUGUGGCGCGAACUGGUGUUCUUGUAUGUGCACUAUGACGAAUUUGACAAUGCUGUUCAGGCCAUGAUGGACCAUGCUGCCGACUCGUGGGAGCACUCUGCAUUCAAGGAAAUUAUUGUCAAGGUAUCCAACGUCGAAUUGUAUUACAAGGCUUUGCGCUUCUACUUGAACGAACAGCCCAUGUUGUUGAACGAUCUGUUGGCAUCCAUGGUACCCCGUAUCAACCAUACACGUGUGGUCCAGUUGUUUGAAAAAUCUGACAACAUACCUUUGAUUCGGGCAUACUUGCAAUCUGUUCAGCAUGUCAACAACAAAGCUGUAAACGGUGCAUUGAACGAGCUGUUUAUUGAAGAAGAAGACUACGAAGCCCUCCGGGACUCAAUCGAUCAUUAUGACAAUGUUGAUACCAUUGAUAUUGCUCAGCGUUUGGAAAAGCACCAGCUGUUGGAGUUCCGACGCAUUGCUGCACAUAUGUACAAGAAGAACCGACGCUGGCGCCAGUCAAUUGCCUUGUCCAAGCAAGACCGUCUAUUCAAGGAUGCUAUGGAAACAGCUGCGGACUCCAAGGAUGCGGAGGUUGCAGAGGAACUGCUGCGCUACUUCAUCGAAGUCGGUAAGCGUGAGUGCUUUGCCGCCAUGUUAUACACUUGCUACGACUUGAUGCGCCCGGAUACCGUCAUGGAGCUGUCGUGGCGUCAUGGCUUGAGUGACUUCUCUAUGCCCUAUAUGAUCAACUUUCUCAGCGAACAGACCAACAAGAUCGAUGUACUAGGCAAGGAUGUGAACGGACUGAAGGAGAAGGCUGAAAAGAAGGAACAGGAUGCCAACAAUACCCAAGCUAUGGCACCCGCUAUGGGAUUAGGUAAUCCAUUGAUGUUGACAGCUGCUCCUACUGGUGCCACUAUGAUGCAAUCUCCCAACUUUACCGGCAUGUAA